UCUCAACUUGGCAAAAAGUUGUUGUUAUACCCUGGUAUUUUGACUCGCCUCAUGCUUUUCUGGGUAUGUGCCUUAUUGACCUUAACCAUAAAUACCCAGUUGUUCAGCUCGGAGCAAGGAAACUAACACCAGCAGUUUAUCGCUGUCUGCAUUUGCUGGAGGUUGCCUCUGCUUGAUGCGUUGAGUCCAUUCAAGCUACAGUAUGGUGCUGUCAUGGUGCUGCUGCCGUGAAGAUAAUGCAAAACAAGAGGAGGGGAAGUGGAAGCCAUUAUCACAAAGGCAAUGCACUGAUUGUACAUGUGUUAUUAUAUUUAUAUUGUUUUGGUGUGGAAUGCUAUAUAUAGCAGCAUUCUCGUUCACCACAGGGAAUGUUGAAAGAUUGAUCUAUGGUUAUGAUAGUUAUGGUAAUGUAUGUAAUAAGAAGAACCCACCCAUUGAGAAUAUACCAUUUUCUGGCAGUGACAUGACAGGAAAACCACAUGUGUUCUUCAUGAAUGUGUAUAAUCCAAGUGACUCCUUAGAAAUCUGUGUCAGCAAGUGUCCUGAUAUAGACCUGAAUACUAUGAGUGAAGUGCGUGAUUUCACAAUUAGGACUGGCUCUAGGCUUUGUAGAUAUGACUAUGAACCAGACUCGUACACUUCAGUCAAGCAGGGUACACAGGGACCUUGUCCUGAGACUCCAGUCAAACAGAGCAAUUCAAUCAUAAAUCGUUGCAUCCCAACUGACAUACAAGAUCUGUUAGCUAACUAUGUUGAUGAGAUUGUUGAUUGGUUGAAUGCUGCGGAUGUUUUCAAUAAAGUUAUUGCUGAUCUUUACAUAGCUAGAUAUGAAAUCUUAGGAAUGUGUAUGAUUGCAUUCGUUAUUGCUAUUCUCAUGGUGUUCCUUAUCAGAUUUAUAGCUGCAAUCAUUGUGUGGUUGAUCAUAAUAUUAGCUGGCUUGGGAUCCAUAACUGCCACGAUUUUAUUGUGGUGGAAUUAUGCCAAAAGAAAAACAGCUCUUGACAGUUUUCCCGAAGAACAAAGAGUAGAUGCCCAGAAGAGUAAUGUCAGAGCUUUUUUAAUAUAUUCAAUCAUUGCUACAGUAUUUACAGUUAUUUUGUUAUUGAUAAUCUUGGUGAUGAGAAAACGCAUUGCUUUCACUGUACAACUAUUCCAUCAAGCUGGUAAAGCGCUAUCACACAUGCCGUUGUUAUUAAUUCAACCACUGUGGACGUUCAUUGUGCUGAUACUCUUUUUAGCUUACUGGUGUGUUGUCUUAGUUUACAUGUCAACUGCUGGCAAGCCAAAGAGACACCCAGAGACAGGGUUUGUGUCGUACGAAGAUCCUGAAAUGGUGAAAUAUUUUUGGUGGUAUCAUCUUGUUGGAUUGUUUUGGACAAGUGAAUUUAUCUUAGCAUGUCAGCAGUUCAUAGUAGCAACAUGUGUUACAGAGUAUUACUUUACGAGGGAGAAAAAAUAUUUCAGGUCACCGAUUUUAAAAUCACUUGGCCGAUUGAUAAGUUAUCAUACAGGUUCUUUGGUUCUUGGUGCCUUUAUUAUCACAUUAGUUAAAAUACCUCGGGCUAUACUCGCUUAUACACAAGCCAAAUUGAAGGAUAGCACAUCCAAAGUAGCACAGUGGAUUAUGACUUGUCUGUCAUGUUGUCUUUGGUGUUUUGAAAAAUGUCUAAAAUAUCUCAAUGAAAAUGCCUACAUUGUGAUUGCUAUCGAAGGAGUCAGCUUUUGUCCUGCAGCACAGAAAGCUUUCAUCACAUUAGUGUCCAAUGCCUUAAGAGUUGCUGCAAUCAACUGUGUGGGUGACUUUGUUAUGUUCCUUGGAAAGCUGGCAGUAGUGGGGAUCACAGCAUUUAUUGGAUUACUGAUAUUUGGGAGUCAUAGCAGUGUCAACUAUUAUGCCAUUCCCAUUCUUCUUGCCGGUAUCUUUGCAUUUCUCAUUGCCCAUGCCUUCUUCACUAUAUACGAGAUGACCAUUGACACAUUACUGUUGUGUUUCUGUGAAGACUGUAGAGUGAAUGAUGGAUCACCAGGUAAAGAAUACUUCAUGGACAGACAACUCAUGGAUUUUGUGAGUAACAGUAGUGAGGCUAUAGAUAACCUGGAGAGGAAGAACAAUCCCAACUCAAUGGUUAGAUCUCAUGAGAACAUUGACUUAGAAGGGGAGAAUGACAAAGAAGCAAUCAUAGAGGGCGCUGUCAACCCAGCCAUAGAAUCGCAAAGAGAGGAUUUUGAUGAAAUAUAGAUUGGUGACCUUAGAAAGUACCUUGUUCUAACGUAUAACUGCCAAAUAUGUAGCAUUCCAGGGUGGACAUUUUUAAUAUUGCUCAUAUAGUAGGCCUGAACAAAAUGUCAGAAUUUUAAUUAUAACCACAAAUCUUAAAUCUAAUUUAUUUGUAUUUAUUGAAGCUGAAUUAGUCAUUUAAUUUGUUAUUGUUAUUUGCAAGUAAUUGUUUUUAUUUUCAUUUUAAGCUGUAUUCUUGGUUAGUUUGAUCCAAUAUCUAACUCUGUUGUGUGAGGCAAAACUGUAUGAUUAACAAUGUGAUAAAUAUUUGAGAAAUAUUAGAACUUAAAGAAUAGUGCAUGUUUUGUUCAGUGCGAGAUCCUGAGUUGUGCGUGGAAUCGAACGUAAAAACAGAACAAACAUAGGUCAUAGCGUCGUAGUGACAUCAACACUUCAUGUGGGAUUCAACAAACUCAAACGUGUUUUUUUGGGUAUUUCCACACUUAAUAAUUUGAUGAUGGUCAAUUUUGUUGAUGUAAGUGUAUCGCAAUUGCCAUAUUCUACUCUGGAGUCUCGGCAUUUCAAUAUUGAACUAUGAAGGAAAAGUUCAAAAUCAAAUCAGUAGAAUUCUGCGUCAGAUAUUUGAUCCACUUCUUUCAUGCACUAUGCAAGAUCUCGCAGUGAACGUAAAAUCACUGAUUGGUAUUAUCCAUCCAUCGAUUGCAAUAAAAAUGACACACACGCUAUCAUUGCAUUUAUGAUAAAAAUAGCUUUUAUAACAACAUAUCAAAAUAUGAAGACCAUGUAGAAGUUCAUGUGAACAUUUAAUUGGCUCGCUUAGUUCAACUUCAUUGUAAGCAAAUUAUGUUUGCUACUUUAAAUCAGUUUUCUGCUUGUAAAUACAUGCAAUAUGACAAGGAGGUUGACUUAUUAUCAU